AACAGCGCUAAGACUUACAUCCAAUGCAUUACUGCCAUCAGUAGACAAUCGGGACAUCGAUUUGGCGAGCAUUUAGAGCGAGUGAUGCCAUUAAUCACACGCUUUGCUUAUUUAGAGGUUAAGGACAAGAAACAAGAAGAAGGCGAUGAGUUGAAGGAAGUCUGUCUCCAAGCGUUCGAGUCAUUUGUCCGCCGCUGUCCUAAAGAGAUAUCAUCUCAUGUGCCGACCAUCACAAACGUGUGUCUGAAAUAUCUAAGUUAUGACCCGAACUAUAACUACGAUUCCGAUGGUAUGGAUGACGAGGACAUGGAAAUGGAUAACGAAGAGGAAGAGGCGGACACUGACGGCAGUUAUAGCGAUGACGACGACAUGAAGCGUGAAGAGAAUGUAAAGGUAGACAUAUUUAACGCAUACAUAGCGCUACUGAAACAGACGCGAACAGUGGUGGGCAGCGGCGGAACCGGCGGUUGUGACAACUCGUUGGAGUACUCGAACAACAUCUCGACGAUCGUGAGAGAACAGGUGCCUUCAAUAGUCAAGUCUCUCCACAAACAACUGCGUGAGAAGAGCAUCAAAACCCGUCAGAGCUGUUUCUCACUGCUCAGCGAACUCGUCAGCGUAUUGCCCGGCGCUCUCACCGAACACAUCUCUAAUCUCAUUCCCGGCGUUCUCUACUCAUUGAGUGAUAAGAAUUCGAGUUCAAACAUGAAGAUCGAUACGUUAGCCUUCGUCAACAUUGUGCUCAAGAAUCACAGUCCAGAUGUGUUCCACAAACACAUUCACAUACUGUUACCUGCGGUCAUAAAUGCCGUUUCAGACUCUUUCUACAAAAUCACAUCCGAAGCACUGCUAGUGUUGACUCAAAUCACUAAAAUUAUUCGACCCUUUGAAGGAAAUAUAAAUACAAACUUCAAUUUUGUGCCAUUUAUUAAACCCAUAUAUGAGGCGACUUUUGUGAAACUAAAGGCCGCAGACAUCGAUCAGGAGGUAAAGGAGAGGGCCAUCACAUGUAUGGGACAGAUCGUCUAUACAUUCGGGGAUCACAUGCAGUCUGAACUACAAGUGAGUCUUCCCUUACUAUUGGAUCGGCUGAGGAAUGAAAUCACUCGACUUACAUGUGUUAAGGCCAUCACCAAAAUCGCCAGUUCACAAUUCAAACUCAAUUUGAAUCCAAUACUUCCCGAAGCGUUUCCAGUAUUGGCAUCAUUUCUGCGGAAGAAUCAAAGGGCUCUCAAAUUGAGUUCACUUCUACUCAUUGACACUUUGGUCAAAAACUACAGCGAAUAUUUGAGUCCCGAAACGAUUGGUAUAAUACUGAAUGAAGUGCCGCCACUUAUUAAUGAAUCCGAUCUUCAUAUAUCUCAGUUAACGUUAAAUAUGUUGACUUCGCUGAUUCGCUCGCAUUUGGCUUUUCUGGCAAUAAUACCGCAAACAAUACUACCGGAAGCGCUUGUAUUGGUUCGAUCGCCUUUACUUCAGGGAAGCGCUCUGAACGCAAUGCUUGAGUUCUUCCAAGCGAUCGUUCAAAACAGUUUCCCGGGACUCGACUACGAAGAACUGGUCGCUCGACUCACGCAACCGAUUACACAACCGAAUCGAAACCAAACUCUCCACAAACAGGCCUUCCAUUCGAUCGCCAAAUGCAUGUCCGCUAUAUCUAUCAUUGAGGAGAGACGAGCCAUCGCUGGUGUGCAGCAAUUGCUGAGUGACAUUCGCGCCCGAAGAGACUCCGACACCAUUCAAGUGAAUAUUCAAGUGUUCGCACUGUUGGCCGUCGGAGAGAUCGGGAAGACUAUUGACUUGAGUUCAGUGAAGGACUUGAAGGAUGUGAUAAUGGAGUCGUUUAACUCGACGAGCGAAGAGGUCAAGUCUUCGGCCUCUUUCUGUUUGGGCUCUGUUUCAGUGGGAAAUUUGGAACAGUAUUUGCCUUUCGUUUUGUCCGAAAUACAGAACCGACAGAAAAGGCAAUACUUAUUAUUGCAUUCAUUAAAAGAGAUCAUUAGCUGCCAAUCGGCUAACCCUCAAACCAUUCAAGUAUUGGAACCGCAUUUAGACUCAGUUUGGAAAUUAUUGCUCAACCACUGCGAGUGUCCCGAAGAGGGCACCCGUAAUGUUGUGGCCGAAUGUUUGGGCAAAUUAACACUCAUUGAUCCGACAAACCUAUUGCCACGACUGCAACAAUAUUUGCGUUCGGAGUCACCUCUGGCCAGGAGUACAGUCGUGACGGCCAUGAAGUUCACGAUUUCAGAUCAGCCCCAGAAGAUUGAUUCACUUCUUCGCACUUCGAUCGGCGACUUCUUGAAGACACUGCAAGACCCGGAUAUCAACGUCCGUCGCGUGGCAUUAGUGGCCUUCAAUUCGGCCGCACAUAACAAACCGUUACUAAUCAGAGAUUUAUUGGACUCAAUACUACCCCAACUGUAUAAUGAGACCAAAGUCAGGAAAGAGUUGAUCCGUGAGGUAGAAAUGGGCCCCUUUAAGCACACCGUCGAUGACGGUCUGGAUAUCCGAAAGGCGGCCUUUGAAUGCAUGUACACAUUGUUGGACUCAUGUCUCGAUCGGAUCGACAUUUUUGAGUUUCUCAAUCACGUGGAGGACGGGCUUCGAGACCACUACGACAUUAAAAUGCUGACAUACCUUAUGUUAGUCAGACUCUCCACUCUCUGUCCAUCGGCUGUCUUACAGAGACUGGAAGGACUGGUCGAACCGUUGAAGAGCACGUGUAUUGCGAAAGUGAAAGCAAAUGCUGUGAAACAAGAAUUUGAAAAACAGGAUGAACUCAAGCGGUCGGCAAUGAGAGCUUUUCUAGCAUUACUUGCUGUUCCCGACGCCGACAAAAACAUAUUGAUGACCGAUUUCUUGGCUCAAAUCAAGUCAACACAGGAUCUGUCAGUACUUUACGAUACCAUACAAAAGGACUCUACGGUUACGAACGAUAUGCCAAUGGAUUGCAACUGAACGAUGAACUCAAUCGUCGACUUCAGUACUACUUUUUAAAACGUUUUGUUUUGAAACAAAACUUCUGUAAACUUAACGUUCAUAUUAUCUCUCAUUUAUUAAAUACUUUGAUAAUUAUAA